AUUUGGGGAGAAACCGCAGCCCCUCGGCCGGCGCUGCCGGCCCCGCAGAGCCCAAGCAGCGCGGUGCAGAGCCCGAGCAGCGCGGUGCAGAGCCCGAGGAGCGCGGUGCAGAGCCCGAGCAGCGCGGUGCAGAGCCUGAGGAGCAGCGCGGUGCAGAGCCCGAGGAGCGCGGUGCAGAGCCCGAGCAGCGCGGCGCAGAGCCCGAGGAGCGCGGUGCAGAGCCCGAGCAGCGCGGUGCAGAGCCCGAGGAGCAGCGCGGUGCAGAGCCCGAGCAGCGCGGUGCAGAGCCCGAGGAGCGCAGUGCAGAGCCCGAGCAGCACGGUGCAGAGCCCGAGCAGCGCGGUGCAGAGCCCGAGGAGCAGCGCGGCACAGAGCCCGAGGAGCAGCGCGGCGCAGAGCCCGAGGAGCAGCGCGGUGCAGAGCCCGAGGAGCAGCGCGGCGCAGAGCCCGAGGAGCGCGGCGCAGAGCCCGAGCAGCGCGGUGCAGAGCCCGGGGAGCGCGGUGCAGAGCCCGAGGAGCGCGGCGCAGAGCCCGAGCAGCGCGGCGCAGAGCCCGAGGAGCAGCGCGGCACAGAGCCCGAGCAGCGCGGCGCAGAGCCCGAGGAGCAGCGCGGCACAGAGCCCGAGGAGCAGCGCGGCGCAGAGCCCGAGGAGCAGCGCGGCGCAGAGCCCGAGGAGCAGCGCGGUGCAGAGCCCGAGGAGCGCGGCGCAGAGCCCGAGCAGCGCGGCGCAGAGCCCGAGGAGCAGCGCGGCGCAGAGCCCGAGGAGCAGCGCGGCGCAGAGCCCGAGGAGCAGCGCGGUGCAGAGUCCGAGGAGCGCGGUGCAGAGCCCACGGGGACCGCCCGGCGACAGCUGCACCGGCCUCAGUGGGGACAGACUGGGGCGGGCAGAGCAAUAA